AGUAAAUAAACAAAUAGAAAAAUAUAACAAAAAAAGUGAUUGUAAAAAACCUUGUAAAAAUAAGUACGUAAUUGCUAAACACUCGAUGAACUCCAAGGAAUUGUAUUCGAUACGAGAAUGGGCGCCUCUAACGGAUAUAAUGGAAAAGAUACCUGUACGUAUGACACGUGCGCUUGGUAUUUUUCCAGCCGACUUGAAUAUCACUUGCGUCGAUGCAAUUUCCGAGUUUCUGGCUUUGGGUAGUGAUGCUGGCAUAGUUUUCUGGUACGACCGGUAUAACGGCGAAUUACAAAAGUUGCGCACAGAGUCCACUGCGCGUAUUACUUGCGUGAAAAUUGUCGACUCAGUGGAAUAUAUGCUAGCAGCAGGCAAUUCUAGUGGUAAAGUGAGCGUAUUUCAAAUACAAAAACAGCUGCCGCCUGACCUGAAUUUGGUAGCGCCAUGUACCCGCGCCAAACCUAUCGAGCGAUACACCAUACGUGACUUGCACAACUGCGCCGUUAGCUGUGUGGAAUGGUCCAAGAAUGGGAUGAAACUUUAUUCAGGCGAUCGGCAGGGUGUAGUAGUGCUAACCGAAUUUGACUUUCAAGCUCACCUUAGCAAAUCGGUCGAGAUACUUAGCGAAACUUAUGAAAUUGUACAACUUAGCGUUUGCCAGAGUUAUUUGCUAGUGUCUUCACUUUACCGUUCGGUGGUGUGUCAACGUAACACGAUCACUGGUCAAUGGCAAGUGACUCAGGUUGGAAAAAAGGAUCGAAAGGUAUUGACGGAUUGUGGUAGCAUCUUCCUACAGCAACCAACACGCCGUCCAGUUUUGAUUUGUGGCCGUCCAGGUUUGCGUUUUUGGAUUGCUGACGCUGAGGGAAACGUGGAGAAAACAUUGCUAUUUCGUGAGGCAAUAGCGCGCAGUCCUACUUGGGAAAUUCCUAUACUAAAUCCCAAAGCAUUUUCGCAGCGACGCACAUCUUCCAGUAUCGAUGUGGGAGAUAAUGAUGAGAACGCCAGAAGUUUCGGUAAAUUGCAUUUAUAUGCAGGACAGGAUAUGAUGAUCGUAACGCACGAUGAGUCAACUUUGUACGUGCUGAAUUUGGAUCGACUGCGCGUUGAGGCGGUGGCACGUGGUUUUCGGAAAAUACUUGAUUUUUGUGUUUGCGGCAAGGAGAUUUUCAUUUUGGAAGGAGACCGUUCAUUGCUCCGAGUGGCGCCAAUGCCGGAGAAGCCUAGCAAAACUGCCAAAAUAAUUUUUAAUCCAUCAAUGCCACCACCAGUUCCUCUAUUGGGCGCUUCUAUCGCUGGUGCCUUCGAAUCGCCCGUUGAAUCGUUCGAACCAUCUGAGCAGCCAGUGGGUAAAGCGGAAGAAUGUUUUGAAUUGCCACCCGUUGAGGCGCUCAAUUUGAAUGUACCAAUUGAAUUGGCGGUAGAAUCGCCACGGGCCGAACAAAAUCGACGUUUAGAAAUUUUUAAUCAAAUAUCAGAAAUGGAUUUCGAUCAAUCGAUAUUACAUCACAGCGGCAUAUCACAGAGUGGAGGAGGGCGAAAAAAACGUACUCGGCACAGCCGCGAGCGGGAGAAUCUUCCUGCUACCAGUAGUGUCCCGUCUAAAGCUCCAACAAAGUCAGAGGGCAUUGUCGAAAUCGGGCGUGUUGCGGAGCCGGAAACGGAAUUGGAAACGGUGCACAAAGCAUUGACGGCUGUGGAAGUUACGGAAGCAAAGCCGAAUAUAACACGCACGACUACAACUAAACCGACAUUGAUGAAUAGUAGUUUUUGCGCAUCAACAGUGGCAAAAAAUAACGAAAGUGAAGAAAGCAAAUCAAACAAAACAUUCAACACGAAACUAAAUUGCGGCUUCCUAUCAACACCGCUCUCGCCUGCUUCACCCGAAUCGGCCAAGAAGUCACUCUCCAUUAAACCCAAAAGUCUAGCUGAAGAACUCAAUUUAGCUGGCAUUUCGCUUGGCCCCAAACAAUCUAGCUUAGACUCUGCAUCACCUUCACCAACACACACCUUGCCUGCUGCACCAGCUUCCACGCCAACACCACUCAAAGAGCUCGCAGCGGCAUAUCCCAAACAAACAAAGGUAGAGGAUGCAGGUGUACAAACAACGCCUCGAAAAAAAGUCUACUACAUCGAGGAAGAGGAUGAUGAGGGCAAUAUUUACUCGGAUUAUAGUGCUGGUCAGCCAAUUGACAAUCUUUGUCAUGCAGCUUUGCGUGCUGCGACACUGGUUGAGGAGUACGACAAGGACAGUGACAGCGCUGGCAUAUCAAAUCAGUCUGCGCCCACAGCCGUUGGUUCAGCCGCAGCUCUACAUUUACAAUUCGUUUCCACACAACCAGUGAAUGAGGAAAUUAGCAGCUUUUUACCAGAUUUUCGACGUGCAUGUGAUCCAUGCGCACCACAGCCUAUGGCGCAUAAAGAAACUCCACCGCCUUCAGUGGAAUCUAAUGGCAGUUCUAGCGAAUGGGAGUUUCUAGAUAAUUGAAUCGUUGAGUAGGUUUUUUGAUCGUCCAUUCCCUGAAGUAAUUUGAAUAUCUUUACCAGUGAAAUCAAUGUGUAUCACAUAAGUUUUAAGGUAGUUCGCUUUUUAAAUGGUGAAUGCUUGGAUUAAAUAUCAUUAUUGUAUGACCAGAAAUCAUAUCGGCGCUAUUGUACAAUUGCCCAUGAAAUAUCAUUCUUAAAUAAUCCACAUAUGUAUUAUAUAUUGUUGUAUUAUAUUACUAAAAAUUGUGUUAUUCUAUAAUCAAAUAUUUUUCGCGCUUGUCGCUUAUUUUUAAUUACUGUCUCGUUUUUUUUAUUAUUUUUAAUUAUACAGUAUAUGUUAAAAAAGGAACUCAUUUAUGCAUU